UUCAACCAACUUUCAACACAACAGUUUCAACUUUCAGUUCAGUUCGUUCGUUCAGUCAGUUGAUUGGAAAAAAAAGUUAGUUCUAAAAUCUAAAUUAUUUUUGAAGGAAAAAGUUGAUCAAAAUGCCGAAAAAGCCACCAAGAAAUGCAUUUUACUAUUUUAUGUUAGAUUUUAAAGAACAACAAAGAAAGAAGGGUAUAAACUAUGGGAAUAUGAACGAAGUAGCGCAGGCGGCGGGCCCCGAAUGGACGUCAGCAAAACCACAAGUGCGCGCGAAAUUCGAAGCGAUAGCGAAGGCUGAGAAGGCGAAAUCAAAUGUGCCGGAGCAGAAGUUCACAUCAACGGGGCAGUCGCUGGCCGAGCUGGAGGCGUUGGAGAACGAGCGGCGCGCGGCCGAGAAAGCCGAGGAGCGAGACAUCCUCAACUUUGUCAAGCAGAAGAGUGUCGACGGCAGUAUACUGGACGAGGACAUGUAUCUCAUGGAUGUGAACUACUACUGCAAGACUGGAUCCUCAUACCUGAUCGGGGAAUUGGCACUGCUGCGCUUCUCUAUCAGAGACGGCAUCAAGAACACUUACCAUGAGAUCAUUAACCCAGGUGGCAUCCCCAUGGGGUACGCGCUGGACGUGAAGCAGGGCUGCGUGGAGCGCGGGCUGGCGCCGCCCGACCCGGAGGCGCGGCGCGCCGACCUGGCGCAGCUGCUGGCCAACGUGGUGGACUUCCUGCGCCAGGGCGCCGACGCGGGGAAGGGGGCGCUGCCCGCGCUCUACACGAUGCCGCAGCAGCUGCCGCCCGUGGCCGACUUCGUGCACCAGAUGUGCUACCGCGCCGCCGAGGACGCGGGCAUCUUCCGCCUGUACAGGCUGGACCUGCUGCUGUACCAGCUGAGCGCGCACGUGGGGGGCGGCGCCGACGUGCUGCCGCGGGAGUCGCUGGCGCUGCAGCUGCUGCUCAAGGACCCCUUCAAGUACUCGCCCGGGCUGGCGUGCGAGCUGCACGAGCGCGCCGACAAGGCCACGGCGUGCUCGGCGGCCCGCGUGCGGCGCUGGGCCUUCACCGUGCUGGACGCGCUGUGCGCCCGCCUGGCGCUGCCGGUGCGGCCCGGCCGCCACCUGCCGGCCAGCGCCGACCUCGACAGCAUCCUGGCGUACCGGGAGGCGGCCCGCGCGGGCCCGGCGGCCGCGGGGCUGCGCCACGAGGGCGGCGCCGCCUGCGACACCUCCUACGGCUCCAGCCUCGACACCUCGUCGCGGUCGGAGAAGAAAAGGACACACGUGCCGCUCAGGAUGCCCAAGACUGACUACGCGGGGCUGGCGCGGGCGGCGCCGGCGCUGCAGCUGGACGAGCACUUCCCGCCGCUCAGCGCGCGCGGCCGCGGUCGUGGCCUAGGGAGCAGCUUCGACAAAAUGAAGAUUUAAACGAAAGCAAUGAACAAUGACCUACAUCUUCUAAAAGUGAUGGUAUAUGCGAACUCGAUGUAACUUUGAUUGACGCCAGAAAUGACUUGUACUCCGUAGCCCCACUUAUUGAGUUUUGUCAACAUCCAGUCUGAGUUAUGGCGUUAUGCCUAAUGUAAUAUUUAAAGAUCUGUGCCCAAAAAAUUAAAGUACUUAAGGUUGUAAUAAAUAAUAUGACUUGUAGUUAUAAUAUUACCAAUGAUUAUUAUAGAAUUGUUCUAUUUGUUAUAAAUAGUCGUAUAUCAAAUUUUGUACUCGAAUAUGUAUAGCUUGGCUAUACCAAACGUAGGUGUAGUUCGUGUAGUGUGCACGUUUGUGGUGGCUCGUGUACGAAGUCAUACCUCUGUUGUGACAGCUGUCGUAAUCCAGCUUUGUUUAUUGAGGUAUACAGGGUGUUAGUGACAUCGUAACGAAAACUUGAGGAAUGAUUGAGCCUAUGAUUCUGAGUUGAUAUCAAGUGGAAUUUUCCGUCGCAAUAGUAUGGAAUUGAAAAUAAUAAAAAAAAACAAUUUCACGAAUUUGCCGAGAAGAAAUUCCACUUCAGUAUUCGUUAUUGUGUCACUAACAUCCAUACGUACUUGUAUGGACCUGUACACUUGUAAGGGAGUAAGUGACAUCAUAACGAAUACUGAGGGGGAUGAUUCAGCUCAUUAAGGUGAUGCCUUUCAGUCAGCUAGGUAACGCUGCGUCAGUAGAUGGCGUUACUUCUGCAGUUUUCGUAUUUUUUUCCAUUUAUUCGUUUAGUGUUGAGUUCUAACCCAGUGAAAUGUUAGGUGGCGAAAUCUUACAUACAUUAUCUUUAAGUUAAGCUACAAUUUUGAAGUAUUUACUGAAGAUAUCAUAUUGAAACAUUGCAUCAAAAGUUGGUGUCAUUUCAAUUUGUGUACAAACACGAAGCUGUCACACACACAUGCGAACUAGGUUAGCUAUUAAAAGAGAUGCAUAAUUUGAAGUCUACUUCUAACUUCUAAAUGGCGCAUUUGGUAAAGCAGUAGCCGCCAUUCUUAAGGUUCACGGUUCAAACCCAACUGCAUGUUUUAAUUGUUUUUACUUUUUGUAUUUUUUUUUUACAAUUGAAUUUGGCGAACCCGUCUAUUUGUUACGGAAUUUUCAAAAAGUAUCACUUUUACCAAUAAUAUUAUAAUUAAGUAUACAAUAAUUUACUUUGCACUAAAGUACCUUCCGUAAUUUCCGUAUUUUUUAUUUUGUAAAAUUCUAACAGGCAUUAAUCGCAUCAGUGAACAUGCGGCUAACUAAAAAACUACUGAACGGAUUUUCAUACGGUUUUCACCAAUGAGUAGAGUGAUUCAUGGGCGUGCUUUAGGGUUUAUAAUUUAUACAAGUAUUUUUUUUUGUAUAAAAUGGUUCAAAAAUGAUGAUGAAUGUCAAACAUAAUUAUCGUUACAAAUAUAGCCGACUUGGAGUGACUUGGAGCUUUCGGCGAAAACGCUGCCUGAGCCCAUUGAGAUAUAACAAAACAACGUAUGGUUGAAUUGUUCCUUUUUUGUAGGUAUACCGAAAAGUCCACAAUAAUGUCAUAACAAUUAUAUUGUGUAUAAAGAAUUGUGUAUAUGUAUUGUAUGAUUUUACAAAUAACGAUCACAGUACAGUAAUAAUAAGGUAGAUUUUUCCUAAAUUGCGUAGGUUCAAACUUUGUCGCAUCGCGUUUGAAAGAUGUAAUAGCGCUUCAGGACGUCCCGCAAGCACGGCGCUGAUGUCGCAGUAUCCGCAUAUAAUUAUUAUGACUUGUCAUUUAGUUCCAAUAAAAUCCGCGGGACUUCAUACGUAUGUCAGUGACAGCUGGUGAUAGCAUGCGGGACACUUAGCAGCUAAUCGAAUUCUAUGUUGUUUUCGCGCCCAGUCCAGACGACUCACAUCGCAUUUCUGGACAUAUAUUUACGCGUGGUGUUUAUUGUUAGGUUAGUUAGUUCAGGUUAGGACGUCUUUUUAUAACGAGGACGUUAAAAAAAGACGAGGCUGGGACGUAUUGAAGUAGUAUUUCCAUAUAUACGCGGCCUGAAAUGGGCUGUUUCGGGGACCUGAACUGGUUGCUGUCGAACUUAUUAUCACGUUUUCUUGAUUAAAAUUCAUAAAUAAGUCAAAUAGAAAAAAGAAAAAAGAUUUUAUUUAGUUUUAGAUCUGUCAUGAUGUCUGUGAUGUUUGUUUAUUAUACAUAAGAAUUUCAAAAUGUAUCUUAUUUUUUUUCCCAAAGGGCAAGGCAAAGGGAACUAUGCCCAUACAGCCAUGUCUUGUUUUUUUUUUCUUGAUGAUGAUUAAUGAAAUGAUGAAACCUAAGCCCCCACCCUCAGAGCAGACUCCUACUCCGAACCCCAAACGAAGUAAGCGGCUUGUUGGCGCAAAGCGAAAAUAGAUAGGUACACUUUGUUUAUUGAAUAUUCCGAUUUAAUAAUACUAUCGGGAAUGUUUUCCGACUAAUGUGAUCAUUAACCACAAAACACCACUUCGUAUUGAUUAUUUAGAUUAUUCAAUGAAGAAAGCAACCUUCCCGUUCCCGGUCCCACCAAAAAGUCCGCGGCAAAGAGAAUAUAAAUAAAUCUGUAUGUUGGAUGGAAAAACAAUUAAUUAUAAAUGACUACUAUUUAGGCCGGCAAAUGCAACAACUUCUUUUUUGAUUUGGUUUUCCCCGAAGGGUAAGGCAAAGGGAACUAUGCCCAUACAGCCAUUUCAUUUUAUGUAUUGAUUUUUUAUUAUAAUAUAUGUCCUCUUUUAAAACACGGUAUUUACCCAUUAUUUAAAAAUGUUUAAAUAAUAUACGUUAUUACAAAAAUAUUUUUCCAAUAUUCCUUUUCUCAGAUUGUAGUAUUUUUAGUUUUUUAUUUAUAUUUAUUCUCUUCAUACAAAAUCUCUUUAUAAAUUGUCACUGACAUUCUAUUACACUUGUCAAGUAGUCAAAGCCUUUAGAAAAAAAAACUAUCACGCACACAAACUAACAUUGACACCUCUACACGCUCAGCAAAUACACUGUAAUCUGCACCACUACAAAUGUAGAAUUGAUCAAAAUUGAGGGUCUGAAAUAUGGUACUUCUCGUAUUCGGACCCUAAAUUUUUGUUAGUUUGCGAAAAUAAUACACCAAAAUAUUACUAUUUAUCGGUUUUAUAACAAUAUUCCUCUAUCCGUUUUCCUGUAGCACUGCAUCAACUUUUGUAUGGAAAACGAAUCACCUUAAUCCGAGUUAAUAACAAGUGGUUUUUUUCUGGAAUGAUCUAAUCUGAAUUCAUCCCCCUCAGUAUUCGUUACGAUGUCACUAACACCCUGUAUCAACGUGGGCCGCACUAGACGCAUCCCUAAUAAACACAGCGUUUGCGUUAACACAACAGUCGCCACUACAGCCUCAACAUAGCAUGAUUAGAGUGACAUAUCUCACGUCACUUUCGUACUAAACUGUUCACCUUUAGUGCGCAAGAGACAUGUAUCUCUCGUCUCUUUCGCUCUUGGUGAUGUACUAUAUCUCUAUCCUGUUGCCAUUCUAAUUAUAUGACGUUAAAAUGGGUAUAAAACGUGUAACGUAUUUGAACUCAACAUUUGUGCAAAUGUGUGUGUAUAAAUGGCAAAGGUUGAAGUGUGACUGUUGUCUCAAGUGACCUAAUUUCAUUCAUUGACAUGAUUUAUUUUAUAUAAUAUCACCUACUUUCAUUGACAUUAAAAUGAUGUCGAUUCUGGUGGACCAAACUAAAAUUUGUGACAUGGCUAAACGAUGGUGCUGAUUCAGAGAGCAACACGGACCUCCAGCGGACAGGUGCUGAUUCCAGCAGUUUUAAAACUACCUCUAUCUCGCCCUCCUAGUAAAUAAUUAUACCUAUACCUACAUAAGUUAUGUAAGUAAUGCCCAAAUAUGAACGAAAGAAACGUUUAUUAUAAAGGGACACCACGGUCACAGAUAAAAAACAAAACACGGAAUAACACAUAACUUACAAUCAGAACACGUAAUAAAAACAACUUACACGAGAGAGUACAAAUAAACAGACAGUAAACAUUAAGGCAAAUUGACAUUUUGUGUAUGGAUUGGUCAACUAACAUUUGUCUGCCAGAAUCGUUACCAUUAACAUCCAAGUAGGAUAUUCUUAACCAAUUUAAUUUGUUAUUUUUGUAUGAUAUGUCGUGUAACGGGCGUUCUUUUCUGACGGGGACUAUUUAGUGAAACUCACUGUGAUAUGAUAUUUGAAUUAAUGGUUCAAGUUUUGUAUAAAAUAGUUACCUAUAUUAGUUUACAUUAGGCUACUAUGUGGUGUGUGGGGUGAGCGGAGUGGUAUGGAAGCCUCAAUCGAGGACUACUUCUGUUAUAGUACAUGUGUCCAAUGUACGAGGCAGUUAGUGCACUCCAUAGACAUAACACUUGCGCGCCGGUCCUCGGUUGAGCCGCUUUAGGUAAACAUGCUAGAUUCAUUAUUAUUUUCAUAAUUAAAUUUUGUUUUGUAAGGUGAAACCAUUUAUUCUAUUAGUAUCACAAGUCAGUCGUUUUAUUAUAAAAAAUGUCGCGACAUAUAAAACUGCUGAUAAUUACGUGUUUAUACUUAAGUAUUUGUAAUAUGAGGAAAUCUAUGUUGUAUCGUUGUGUACACACACAAUUUGUUAUGAAAAUGUUUCGCUUUAGUUCAAAGUUUUAUCAACUUUAAUCCAUAAUUAGAGUUUAUUCCUUAUUAAUUACAUUGUCGAUACAAUAUAAA